AAAAGAAUUUAUUGACAAAAUACGUAUUAAGUUGAUUUUAGUUUUUUUUUUUUUUUCUUUAGACAAAUUAUAAAGAAAUUUUUUAAAAAAUGAGUGCACUUGGAAUACUAAUAGUUUCUAUUAUUAUAAUAAGUUUAUGUAAAUGUAUUGCAAGAUUAAUUAAAUUUUUUAAUUUUUCUAUCCUAAUUAAUAAAGUUCCUGGUCCGGCACCGUAUCCAAUAUCAUAUCUUGCACUGAGUGGUUGGAACGUUAAAGAAGAAGAUCGUUUUGAAUGGAUUGUUGGUGUUCAUCGAAGAUUUAAAAAUGGUAUUAUGAAACUCGCUGUAUUUUUGGACGCAUAUAUUUUAAUACGUAAACCACGACAAAUAGAGGUUAUACUACCAAAAACAGAAACAAUAACAAAAGCUUAUCUAUAUAAUACAUUUGGACAAUGGUUGGGUGAUGGUUUAUUAACAUCGUCAGGCGAAAAAUGGUUUCACAACAGAAAACUUUUAACGCCAGCUUUUCAUUUCGGUGUUGUUGAUCAAUUUAUGGAAACAAUGUCAGAAAAAGCUGAAAUUCUUGUUCAAUGUAUAGAAAAUGAAAUAAAAAUGAAUAUUGGAAAAUCAAUUGAUUUUUAUAAGCAUUCUGUCAGAUGUGCACUAGAUAUUAUUUGUGAAACUUCAAUGGGUGCAAAUAUGGAUGUUCAAAGGAAUCAAGAUAUACAAUAUAUCAAAGGGUUAGAUGUUUUACUUUUGGGACUUACAAAAAGAAUUUUUUAUCCAUGGUUAAAAUGGGAUUGGAUAUUUUAUCAAACAAAAUUAGGAAAGGAUUGUCAAAAAUCUGCAGAGAUGAUGAAAAAUUUUACAAUUGCGAUUAUUAAAAAACGAAGGCAACUUCGAAAAAUGAAAAAUUACGAGGACACACAUGAUGAAUUUGGUAAACGACGAAAGAAAGCAUUUUUGGAUUUAAUGUUGGAUUUGGAUGAAAAUGAAAAAGUUCAUAUGACGGAUGAAGAAAUUAGACAGCAGGUCGAAACAUUUAUGUUCGCUGGUCAUGAUACAACAGCAUCAGCAAUAAAUUGGGCAAUUUUUAACAUUGGAAACAAUCCAGAGGUUCAAAAAAAGAUACAUGAAGAAUUAGACACAAUAUUUGGUGACUCAAAUGAACCAGCAACAAUGCAACAAAUUGCUGAACUCACAUACCUCGAACGAGUUAUUAAAGAAAAUCUCAGACUCUAUCCCUCAGUACCAAUGAUUGGACGACUUUUGACCGAAGAUACUGAAAUAGAUGGUUAUACUAUUCCUAAAGGUACAAAUAUUGGCCUUUUUAUAUUUUGCCUACAUCGUGAUCCAGAAAUAUGGCCCGAGCCUGAAAAAUUCGAUCCCGAUCGAUUUCUACCAGAAAAUUGUCGAAAUCGUCAUCCUUACGCUUACAUUCCAUUCAGUGCAGGACCGAGAAAUUGUAUAGGAAUGAAAUUUGCAAUGGCAGAGCAAAAAAUUGUUUUAACAGCAAUCCUACGAAAAUGGCAUGUUAAAAGUGAAAGAAGUCCAGAAGAAAUGAAACAUCAAGCAAAUUUAAUUCUCUGUCCACAUAAUGGAAAUCCAAUUUAUUUCUAUUCACGAUAAAUAAUAAUAGUUUUUUUUU